CAGGAUUAAGGAUUCUUAACCAACAUUCCAGGAUUCCAGGUUGCCCUUGUCUUUGAGCUGCAGCAUCGCCUUUCGGUUACAUUACCCGAUAUCUAUACUCCCUUGCGGAGGAUGGAGCCGCGUUAUUUAGUUGCAAGUGUGUUACUUCUGGUGCUGUUUCUGGGGCCUGACUUCGGAGAGGCACAGACACUGAGAAGCUAUCGCAACAGGAAUGGUGUCCGCCUCUCCGGCGACAGCGGUUCCAGAGGCCGCCUUGAGGUGUCGUCUGUGGACGCGUGGUUCACAGCUACUCCAGGGAAGCCGUCUUGGAGUCCUGUUUGUGAUAGCCCCUCCUUUAGCGACAACGACGCACUGGUUAUGUGCCGGAUGCUCAACUACACGUACGGCAGGAAGUAUUACAGCCCCUUGAUUGCGUACCGUAAGAACGAAACUUGCUAUCUCAAGGCGGGACCGUGUGACUCCAGGGGGCCCUUCGUGGGAAUCGAAUGCUCUCACACUCUCUUUGAAACUACGAACCCACCACCUCCGAGUCCGCCGUCACCUCCCCCAGCUCCCCCCGCCGUCUCCAACAGCAUUCGCUUCUACGGUCCCUACAUGAACCAGUACACCCGGGCGGUCGGGGAGGUGGAGCCCAACCUUGCCGAUUAUGGUAACGGUCUGGGAAGCUUUUACGGCCGGUUUGAAGUUCAGGUCAUUGUAAACGGCAGUUCAGUGUGGGCUCCCUUGUGCGGCCUGCCAGACGGCGUGCCAGAAUACGACCUGUUUCAGUUGGGCAAUAUCGCCUGUUCACAGUUGCUGGAUUGGCCAAAGCCUUUCGACGGCGGCGUUGCGAUUGUGUUUCCCCAGGUUUCCUUUGUCCCCUUCAACAUCCCGGAUGCCGCUGUCAACCCCGGUGAUUUCGACCCCGACAAGGUCGCCGCUUGGGUGGCCGCGGUGUCGCCCGUCGGCUCUGCGCUUUCUAUUCAAGAUCUGGAUAUCAAGAUUACGUUGGAGCCGUGUGAAAGUGGAACUCUGUUCGCGGUGGCGUGCAUGGCGUACGGAGAGCGGCGUAGGAGUUGA